AAAGUUUCUGAAAAGGAGGAGUAAAAUUUAUAAACCUACGCUCCCCGUCCUACCCCGUAACGCCGCAUCAGCACCGAUUCGCAGUUUUUCUUUAUUCUUAUUUUAUUACUUCCUUACCAAGAUGGCUGGAGUAGUUCUUGAGACACUUAGCAAUAAAAAGCUAAUAGUACUUAGCUUUUCGCUAGUUCUCAUUCUCAUUGUCUUCUUUUUAAUUGGAGGCCUUAUUGCUCCAGCUCCGAAUAGUGUGAUGGAUACUCUGACAGUUAAAUGCUAUGAUAAAGAUAACCUGUGGCAAAUUAAUGAAAUUAAGCCUUUCGUCCCAAGAGGUGAAAACAAAUGUACUGAUAUUCAAAGUUUAAAUGACCCAAAAAUAGAAAAAUACCACAUUGAUGCCAAUGAAAUUGUGUUUUCACAAAUGAUUCCUUUGCCACGAGACAACAAACAACUUGAUAUGUCAAGAUGGUUUCAGAGCCUCAUAAGUGUUAUCAAUUUAAAUGUUGAAUACAAAAAUGACAACCCUUAUCCUGAAAAGGAGAAACCAGAGAUGUUAAUUGAAGCCAGACUAUUCUACAAAGACAAGGAAGACAAAGAUUGGAAACUGCUUGCUCAGUCCACAGAAAAAAGAAACCUGGACUGCUCUAUUGAGGAUGACAAGCGUGUAGAUGGCAACUCAUACAACUGUGAUUUGAUUCCACUGUUUGAGUUAGGGAGUGUCCACUAUGACUACUACCUUAUCAACAUACGUUUACCAGUCAACCUGAAGAACACCGUCAACCAUUUUGGCCAGUUGGGAGACAUGUACAUUAUUUUCAUUUUCCAGAAUGGUGGUUUCACAAAAGUGUGGUUUUCCAUAAAAACCACCAUUUUCCCAGUGGUAAUAGCUGUGCUUGUGUGGUUCUGGAGGAGAGUCAUGACCCAAGGACGCUCCACCAAUCUGACAGAAAGAACUAUAUUUUCUCUUGGAAUCAUCCUCUCCAUUAUGAACUGUCCAAUAGAAUGGCUGACUCUGUUUGUCAACAUGCCCUUUAUGAUGUUGCUCAAUGAUAUCAGAGAUGGAGCAUUCUACGCAAUGCUUCUUUCAUUCUGGUUAAUUUUUGUGGGUGAACAUCUGAUGGAUCAAGUUGAAAGAAACAAGCUCUCUGCCUACUGGAAACAUCUGACUGUUGUUAUCCUUGCCUGUCUUGCAUUGUUCAUCUUUGAGAUGUGUGAAAGAGGGACACACUUGACAAACCCCUUUUACAGCAUCUGGUCAUCAGAGGCAGGUGGUACAGCUGCAUUUGGUUUCAUCAUCACAGCUGGUGUCGCUGCUUGUCUCUAUUUCAUCUUCCUGUGCUACCUUGUGUUUAAGGUUUUCAGGAAUAUUAGCGCCAAGCGAAACUCACUAUUGCACAUGAGCACCCUGCGCAGACAAUAUUACUCUGGACGUAUUUUCAGAUUCAAGUUCCUCAUGGUGGUGACAUUGCUGUGCGCUGCACUAACGGUCAUCUUCUUCAUCAUUGGUCAGCUGAGUGAGGGUCAGUGGAAAUGGGCUGACGUUGAUGUCAGUCUGGAGUACACCAGUGCUUUCCUCACAGGUGUUUAUGGAAUGUGGAACGUCUAUGUGAUUGCUCUUCUGUGCCUGUACGCUCCCUCUCACAAGAAGUUUGCCACUGAUAUUGUCAAUUCAAAGCUGCCUGAGCAUCUAGCUGUAGGCAAAGUCCAUACCUUGGCACUGCUAGAGAGUUUUGGCCCUGAGAAGGUGGGAAUAUGGACCUUAACAAACCCUCAACAGGUAAACCACUUUAUUCACAAAAAUUUACAUUAUGUUAAGUUAAAAGCUGUAAAUAAAUGUUUAUUUCCAUUUGAGAGAUUCUUAACCACAGCUUUCCUUGCUGCAAAUUAUUUUGCUUACAAAAAACUGUUAGCAUCAAUAUACUUUUGUAAAUAAUAUUUUGGUAAAGAACGUAAACAAAUAGAUUUUUAAUCAUGUAAAAUAAUUGGUUGAAAAUACCCAGUUUUAAAAAGUUGACAAUAUUCUACUAUUGUACUAAAAUGUAAUGCUAACCACAUCUGUUUAGUGUAGUGUAGCAAAAACAGUAGCUUCAUAAUAUGUUACAUAUGGUAUCAACUUUGUCCAUAAUAUUGUUUGAGCACUAUUUAAAGAAAGAAGAAUCAAAAGCUCUGUGUUCAUUACCUGUACUGCUGUUUAAAGACAAAAACUUUACAAGCUGAUUUUGUUACAUUCAAGUUUUACCUUGUUCAUAUGGGUGGUAUUUCAUAUAUAAAUAGUUUCAUUUGAAGCUGGCUUGUAACUUACAUAUCAUGUGUUGUGACAUUAUUCUAGUUUAAGUCUCAUCUACAAGCAAUAAUAGCUACCCAAUCUUGAUGUUCUAAUGUAAUUUACAAAUCUUUGAGUUGUGAUGGAAUUAUUCUACUUAAAGUAUUAAUGUAAUUUAUAAAUAAUGUGUAAUGAAAUUAAGCUAGUUAAAGUAUUAAUGUAAUUUACAAUUCAUGUGUUUGAAAUUUAAAGUCUUAGCUACAAGCAAUAAUAGCUUUCCAUUUGUUGUCCUCUGCAGCCAAAAGUUUUUUUUUCUCUACAACCUGAUUGUUUUUUAAAUUUAAUUUUCGAUACAAAUCGAUUUUUCUCCCACAGCAAAAGAAUGUUAUUAUAAAAAUUAAAGUACUUUUCUAAGAAACCCAAAUAUUUCACAAGCCAAAUUUAAUUUUUUUUCAUCUCAAAUUUUUUUUUAUCACAUACCCCCUUAUAAUUUUUUUCCCCAUUCAGCUUAUUAAGAGAUAAAAUAUUUAAUCUGUGCUAAGGUUUAAGAUGUCAUAAAUAUUUAAUUAUGCCAACAUCGUGAACCAUCUAUAGGAAUAGUUUUUCUACCAACAGAUUCUCCAUACACACAGAUUAAUUAUAUUUAUUUAUUUAAGUCUGAAGCUUGAAAGGGCUAUCAUUAUUUUUUUUUAAUUGUAAUUUUGACCUGUUGAAGUAAGAAAAAUAAAUUGUAGUGACAAUUUUUUUUUUUUUGGAAAACUUCAGUAAUUUAUCUUUUGGCAUAAAUAUUUCCCUUAAGUCAAAUAGUCAUUUUAAAGAGAAUUUUUUAUGUGCAAUGUUUGCUAUUUUCUGAGCUUUUUUUUUCUAUUGUUCCAGUCCUAUGUUGCCAUUAUUAUUUUUAAAUUUUGACCUUUUUAAAAAUUUCUACUGACUGCCAACAUUAAGGAUUUGCUUCCACAUUAUAUCUCAGAGCUGAUUUUUAAAUUUUCAACUGCAUUAUUUUGUUCUUUAGGGACUAGACAGAUUUUUAUUCCAAAUUUUUAAUGUUUGUUUCCAAUAUAUUAUAACAGUUUCCAAGUAUUGGAGGAAGUGAAAAACAAAAACUGCUGAUACAGCAACUUGAUCAGCCAAGCAAGUGAACUUUGAUUUCACGGUGAACUUUUGGUUCACUCUUGGUUUGUUUUGUAGAUCUACAGAUAGCUAGUUGUUAACAGUUAGACUUUUUAUUUUCCUCUAGUUGGGUAGUAUUUCCUUCUCAUGAUAUUACACCUGUAUUUUUAUACAACUUUACAAACUUAUACUGAUUAUUUUUAAAUUCAUAUUUUUAAUAUUUACUUUUUAGAUUUAAAGAACCAUUUAUUAGUUUAUAUAACCACUACACCCCC